GUUUACAGAAGGGUGUUGGAUUGCAACUUCAUUGGGACUUCAAAUUUUUGUUUUCUUUUGAAUGUAACCAGCAAAAGCCACAUAACCAUUCUUGGUGAGUGUGUUUAAAGCCUUCCCAUUGGCCGCUCUGUGUGAUCCCCAGCCAGUCAUGCUGCUGCCCCUGCUCCUGCGGGAGUGCUGUUCCAGGCACGGCCUGCAGGUGGCGUCCAGUGUCCGUUCCUGCAUCCGGACCCCAGACUGGAGAGAGCUGCACUCGCUCCGGGGUCCCUCUCUCCUGCGCGGGCAGGGCCGCGGGCCGCUGGACUCGUUUACAGAAGCGUUCCUGCUGCGGCGGGCACCGUCGCGUCUGCACCUCCAGAGCCGGGGCGCCAAGGGCAGGAAGAACUACCGGCAGGCACAGGAGGAGGAGUGGAGGCAGCGGAACAAGACAGUGCUGACGUACAUCGCCGCUGCUGGCGUGGGCAUGAUUGGCAUGGCGUACGCCGCCGUGCCACUCUACCGACUCUACUGCCAGGCGUCAGGAUUGGGUGGCACGGCGGUGGCGGGUCAUGACACGGAGCAGGUGGCCACCAUGACCCCCAUAAAAGACCGGGUCAUCAAGGUGACCUUCAACGCAGACACGCAUGCCAGCAUGCAGUGGAACUUCCGACCGCAACAGACAGAGAUUUACGUGGUGCCUGGAGAGACAGCUCUGGCCUUCUACAAAGCGUUUAACCCCACAGAUAAGCCCGUCAUCGGAAUCUCCACAUACAAUGUGGUGCCCUUUGACGCUGGACAAUACUUCAACAAAAUACAGUGUUUCUGCUUUGAGGAGCAGAGAUUGAACCCCAAAGAGGAGGUGGACAUGCCCGUGUUCUUCUACAUCGACCCAGAGUUCGAUGAAGACCCCCGUAUGGCACGCGUCGACACCAUCACACUCUCAUACACCUUCUUCGAGGCGAAGGAGGGGCAGCAGUUACCUCUGCCGGGGUACAGCUAAAGACUCUGCCGGGGUACAGCUAAAGACUCUGCCGGGGUACAGCUAAAGACUCUGCCGGGGUACAGCUAAAGACUCUGCCGGGGUACAGCUAAAGACUCUGCCGGGGUACAGCCCCACCUUGUCAAUCAUCGUUUCAUGCUGUAUUUAAUGGAAACGGGGAGGAGAGACAUUGCUGUUAAAAUUGAGACAGUGGUGCCGUGGUCCACACCCUGAAAUUCUUGAUGCAACCCUGCCCCCUGGUGGCCUCUUUGUGUAACACUCAUGGUGUGCAGUUUGACUGAAAGCCCCAUGUGACUGAAGAAGAAGCUCAUAAGGGAAGUAUAAAAUGAUUACAGCUCAGUACUGGUAUCCCAAACCUUUUCGCUCUGAUGGGGUUGACAUUCACCCAUCACAACUCAUGGCUCUCUAUAGUGACCUAGUCGUGAGAGAAAAACACCUCAAUGACUGUGCAGAUCAGAUAGCUGCUGAGUCUGACUAUAUCUGUAAUUAUGUACAGAAGAAUUGUUAGUGUAAUAGCUUCUUAUAUCGUUAUUUGUCAUUUACUGUUGACCCACUCACUGGUGGCAAAUAAAAAUGACCAUUAAAUUAAAUAAUCGGCUUGAUGUGCAGGGUAGAUAUACAGCCAUCUAAUAAUCAUCUGGAUGAAUAUCAUAAUAAAUAUAUUCAAAAUACCUGUCUCAA